AUGUCGUCGCCGUACCGCCCACCAUUACCCGGCACGCCGACCACCUUCCACCUGUUCCGCGACCUGCCCCCGGAGCUACGCCAGAUGAUAUGGAAAUUCGCCAUACCCCCAGGGCGCCUCAUCAUGCUGCGCGUGCCUGAAGGCCCCUUCCCGCCGAGUGCGACAAGGCCACUUUCGACAUCGAUGCUGACGACUAUCCGGUGGUGGGCUGUUACCUGGACCGAAGCACUCACCCAGAUCCUUGCCCCGGACGUGAUUCCCCGUUCUUGGUUCUCAAAACUGCGCCCAAAACUCCCCUCUAAACCCCAGCCCCAAGAGCGCCCACAUAUCUUCUACUCCUCCACCCGACCCCCGGCUCUUUUACACACCUGCGUCGAAUCACGCGAGGUCGCGCUCCAGUAUUACCGCCUCGGUUUCGCGCCGAACGGCUACCGCACGAUAAACCACACCGGGGACAGUCCUGGUUCGCCCCAAGGGCGCAUUUAUGUCGACCUGGACCGCGACAUCAUCUGCUACAGCGACAGGCUGAUGCGCAGCCUGUCGGCGCGGAUCCUGCUGCGGGUGACGGAGGAUGUGAGGAAGGCGAAGCAUGUUGUAAUAGCGGUAGGGCAUCCGUACUGGGAGUGGGGGGACUCUGACGCGGAUGGGGAGUAUGAGGACGAGGAUGAGGAGUAUGAAGACGAGGAUGAGUGGGAGGAGGAUGGCUGGGGGGACUCUCAAGAGGAUGAGGAAGAAGAAGAGGAGGAGGAUGAAGAGGAGGAUGAGGAGGAGGAAGAGGGGGACGGGACUGCGAACGGCGUGGCUGUGGGCAUGGCCGGCGGGUGGAUAAGGAGACGGAGGCCGCGGCAGAGGGCGGAAUGGGAUUGGCUGAGAUUGUGGUGGGACGUGGUGUGCGAUUCCGACGCCGGCCGGCCGACUAUCGACCUUGUGGGUGCUCCUAGGUUUAAUAUCCCCCCGGGCGGAUAUACUGCGGACGGAAUAUUCGUGCCCAGCGCUCCGGGUCCGGCUGAACGGGAGAUCAUGACGCUCGAAGGGAUACGCUCGAUGGUGUUGCAGUCGGCGGAGGAGGUGUGUGUGGUGCAGUCGAAUAUGUUGGCGCAGGGGGGCAUGUUGGAGCUGGCAGGGAGGGACUGGGAGCAGUGGAUUGACCGGAUGUCGAGGAGGGGGCUGGUGGAUUGGGUGGUACGGCCUCGCGAAGAUGUGGACAGGGAGUGGAAGACGUGGUGGAUCGCUAUGCCGUAUUUUGAUCAGCCGGACUUGACGUGGAAGGCGUGGAUGGGGUUGUUGGUGAGGACUGUGUUACGGGGGGAUGCUGGGCUGCCGGCGUGA